AUGUCUGCAUCUGCGAUUGCCCAGAAUGCUCCUUCUGCUUCUGUGCGUUUCUUUUUGCACAUGCGACCACUGCCCCUCUUCACGUCUGGUCGCUUCUGCGAUGGCUGGUGCACACAUGCGGAUUUGCACAUGCGAUCAGACCUCCGCAGGAAAUGUUCUUAUCAAAUUGGUGAAUCAUUCCUACUCAAGAAUGUACACUUAGUGCAAGAAUCCAUCGAUUUCAUGCGUAACAUUUACCUUAAAUCUGGCUUAGGUGAUGAAACUUAUGGACCACCUUUCAUUUUUGAAGAAGACAAAAUGCCUACACUAAAGUCUGCAAAUCAAGAAGCUCAAGAAGGGAUAUUUUCUUCCAUUGAUGACCUUCUAGCUAAAACCCUAAUUGAUCCACAAUCCAUUGACAUUGUCAUUGUUACAUGUGGAAGUUUUUCGCCGUCCCCUUCGCUUUCUUCACUCAUUGUGAACCAUUAUGAGCUUAGGUCCGACGUGAAAACAUAUAAUUUGAGUGGAAUGGGAUGUAGUUCUGGGGUUAUUUCCAUUGAUUUUGCUGCUAGGGUUUUACGUGGAAGCCAAAAAGUCCAAAAUGCCCUUGUUGUGAUCACCGAGAGCAUAACACUGAAUUGGUACAAUGGUGAUAAUCGUUCGAUGUUAGUAACAAAUUGUAUCUUUCGUGUUGGCUGUGCAGCUGCUAUUAUUAGCAAUAAUCCAAAUCUUUUCCAAGAUGCCAAAAUGGAGCUUGUUCAUUCUCUUAGAACACACCAUGGUGCAGAUGAUAGUGCGUAUAAAGCUGCAUUUCAGGAGGAAGAUGAUAAAGGUAUUACCGGUGUUUCACUUACUAAAGAUUUAAUAAGAGUGGCAGGGAUGAACCUACGUCAACACAUCAAAAUUCUCGCACCGCGAGUCCUUCCAAUGACCCAACUAGCAAAUUAUGCUUACUCAAUGAUCAUGACUAUAUUAUCCCAAGGCAAAUCAAAGCCAGUGGUUCCAGACUUUACAAAAGCUUUCGACCACAUUUGUAUACACACAGGUGGCAAAGCAGUAAUAGAUCAAGUGGGACGAGUUUUAAACUUAAGCGAUGAAGUGACAGAGCCAGCUAAAAUGUGUUUGAACAGAUUUGGUAACACGUCUAGUAGCUUAGUGUUCUACGAGUUGGCUUAUUUCGAAGCAAAAGGAAGAGUGAAAAAAGGUGAUAAAAUGUGGAUGAUUGCAUUUGGGACAGGGUUUAAGGUAGGGAGUUUGGUGUGGAAAUGGAUUCAAGAUUCAAAACAAGAUUCUGAUAACCCUUGGAAUGACUGCAUAAAUAAUUAUCCAUUGAAGAUUUGGUGA